AUGGGAGAACCAAAUGCCACGGCCAAUGCUCCUUUAGAAAGCUUUUCCAAAAAUACUGCCGAGCAUCUAGAUACCGCUGACCAUCUAUCUCGCUUCCGCAAUGAAUUCUAUAUACCGACUCUUGCAGAUCUAAAACGGCCAACGUUGGCCAAAGCAUCCGAUGAGCUGUUAUCACGCCCGGCGACCUAUCUGUGUGGGAACUCCCUCGGGCUUCAACCCAAACGAACAGCCAAUCUGAUUAAUGUUUUCCUAACCCAAUGGCGUACCAAAGCCGUCACGGGACAUUUCGUCGAGCAUUCUGACUCUCCUCUGCGGCCUUUUCUUGAUGUGGAUGACCAUGCUGCACGGCUUAUGGCUCCAGUUGUUGGAGCUCUCGAGGCUGAAGUCGCCGUGAUGGGCAGUCUCACGGCAAACCUCCAUAUCUUGAUGUCAAGCUUCUACCGCCCAAGCAAGAAAGGCGAAGGAAGGUACAAAAUCCUCCUUGAGGGCAAGGCCUUUCCCAGUGAUCAUGUAGAGACUCCGCCCCGACUGUUUCUGAGGUGA